CUCGUUUAUUGAUCGUCGGUGGCCAUCCAAGAUGGCGCCGAGGGUGGCGUUCGCGCUCAGUCUGAUCCUCGUCAUCGGACACUUUGAGGAAGGACCGGCUUCCCUAGCCAAGACUUUCACGUUUCCAGAGUACCCCUACAAGGAGACUACCAAGAACGAAUUCCUCUUCCGACAAUUCGAGCAAGCUUGCGAAGAGAGCGGUGCUUGCAAAAUGUUAUCGCAACAGGCGAGCAGCGUCGCCAAAACACGAUGCAUCCGGGAAUGCGUUUCUCCUUCUUGCUAUAAAGAAAUUUACUUGUUCGAUCAGCUGGAGGAGGGAGAGAUCGACGUCAGGUUAAACUCUUUUAAGGGCUGUUUUAUGCAACGUAACGCACGUCCGCGCAAAUAAAUAAGACAUGCCUUUCGACCCGUCGAAACGUCGAUGUAUCUAUUGCUAACCGCUAUCCUGGAAAAGUCAACGUUCUUUCUGCUUACGUCGACGACGAACAAGCGGAUUUUGAAAAAGAAGAGCUAGCUAAACAAUAAAGAGACGCGUUACUCACAUCUUUGGCGACGACAUUUAGAUAAUCUUUUUCUACUUUUUGUAUGCACAAAUGACUGUAAUGGAAUAUUGCACAGCGUAUUAAAAAUAAUCUGCAAACCUCACCUUCCUCGUUUCCAAAGAUACGAACGUUCGUCAUCUUGUAGCCUUUGAAAAAGGAUAACUAAACCAAGAUAUUUAUAUAAAAAUUGUACCGACGGAGAAUACUAUAUUUGAAGAAUAUAUAGACGCGACACGAUCGUACUCACCGCGUGAUACAAUCGUGAGCACGCCUCAUCCUCGUCUUCGGAUUUGAGAAAAUCCACGUAUUCCGAUAAUUGUUCCAUAGUUUCGUCGAAAGGUGACUUGAACAAAGAUCUUGAGUUAAACGGCACUUCGUCGUCGCUGUAUAUCUUUCGAUAGCGAAGCCACGUGGUGACGAAAUGAAGAAAAUGAGAAGACCGAUAGCGAGUUUUUACUAUUCCGAUAACGAGAUCGUAGUUACUAAUGGCAGUACAUAGGUGAUACAUCAGUGUCUCUACUUUGACGUGACAAAACUUGAGAACGUCGGCCAGGCAUUGAUAAACAAUUUCUCUUUCCGCUGGAAUGCUCUGUCGCGAAAAUAAUCGAACGAUCAAAUCGACCAAUCGAUCCGUUACGACCUUACCUUUAGAUCGCACUUACGCAGACUCACCUUCGAGUGAAUAACAUGAAGCAUCUCGUAAAUAUCUAGAAUCGUUGUGAUUUCGUCUUUAUCUGCUCCGUUAAAGGAAACGUCUUUCAACGUUACAGCCAUUCCUGCAUUGUUUUGACUCAACAACUCGUGUAAAAAUUCCAAGCCAUUCGAACAAACCGGUCCUGACUUUUCUACGAUCCACAAAAGGGCAUAUAAUUCGCGCAUUUCGAUCGUUACGGGUUUGACGCACUAUAAAUAAAACAUUUUUCGAGUAGAUUUCACGAUAUCUUUUUUAUAUCGCAGUAAUUAUUAUAUUUCCGUUUCCUCUUACCUCGAUCGAAGAUCGUGAUUGAAAAUGAAUAAUAAAAGCGAGGAAUUUCAACGAAAUUGCAGAUAAUAUCGACUCGUCUUUGGAAAACGCAUAAUCGCGUAAUUUCUUCAAUAAUUUCGUCUCAUUCACGUACUUUGAAAGAACUGUAAAACGCACAUUCUUCCCUUUAAUUGUAUCUCUCAUUUAGAUAUUAUACAUUCUAGUACCGUUUUAUUUUAGCCUGAUCCUUUCGAUGCCACUCACUUUUUAGAUAAUUGCGUGCCGUAGAAGCGACAAGUACGAUGUAUGCCUGCUUUACAAGUAAUUUCUGAAAAUUGACAUCUACGUCCUCGGUUAAAAUCAUUUUUAUGAGAGCAUCUGCGCACAUCUUCAUUGUAUUUGUUGACAAAUAACGAGGCUCCAACGUACUAGAUAGUUCAAGCACCGCUUCAAUAUGUUCAACUAUAAAUAAUGUCACGAUAUAUAUGUGUACGUAUGCGUGUGUAUACAUACGUACACACACGUGUGCGUAUAUAAAUACGCGCGUGUGUGUGUGUACAUACGGACGAUAUGACAGAGAUAAAGGAACGUCUAUUGUAAUCUUUCAAGAAAGUAUAAACAUAGAAAUUAAAUACUUCGAUUUGGACUGCCGGACAACAGAACACUUGGAAGCAUGUUCCAAACUAUAUCGGCGAUCUCGUCGCAAUUACCAAUCUGCAUUGAUUGACGUAUUCCUUUUACAGCUAAGCGAACGACGCCAUCGAGACUUCCAUUUUGUACUAUAAUCUGCGUUUAAAAGGUUAUAGUAAGCGAGAUAAUUAUGUAAAUUUAAAGAGUCGUGAGGUAACGAGGUCGGAGGGUAGUAGGAGACGUUGCGUGUACCAGUAAACAAUGCCUAACGACGCUGUGACAAUCGAGCUUCAAGAGAGGUGCGAUGUCACCGUCCGAUUCUAUCAGCCACAUAUCCAUCACUCUGUAUCGUAAGUCGUUCGUUAUCUCUGGGCAUUUAAGAGAGAAAUGUAAGAGCUCGAUAUGAUGAGUGUAACACUGGCUUAAUUCCGAGUAUUGUAAAGCCAUUGUUAAUUUUUUCACCGCAUUUCCGUAUUCGCAGUUUUUGUCCGGUGAUGGAUGAGACAAAAAUGAUACCUAGGUAAUAGAAAUUUUACAAUAAUAAAAAGACCAAAACUCGUUUAGAAUAGAGUUUCUAUCUUGUCGAUAAGAACAAAUAAACUUACAGCGAAUAAAAACCAUAAUGGCUUUAGAGUUGGUACGGUUAUCGAUCGAAGGUCCUCUAGUAUCAACAGCCUUUUAAUCAGAGAUUCGAACGAAAUCAUGUCGAGUCUGAAACAAAACGAUAAUCAGUCCUUCAAAAACGACUACCCACCUACGUGUAUUACAUAGGAAAUCAAAAGAGGGGAGGAGGGGGAGAGAAAGAGUAAAAAAAACUCACUCCCUAGUCGCAUGAUAAUGAUAGUAGAGAGAGAUCAUUAAAGCUGUAUUACGGUCAUCGGGAAUCGCAACUACGUCGGUCCACUGCUCGAGAUCACUCGGCAGAGAGAGAAAUCCGUCGAACAUCCUACUUGAAAACACAUUGACGCCCUCGGGCAACUUGUCGAUCGAUAAAGAAUAUUUUGCUAAAGCGAUCAAUGUCCGCGUCAAUAAGAUACAAAUACUUCGUCGUUGGUGCGAUCUGAAGGAUUUUUUUAUCUGAUUAAAAAAAUAUUAAACGUUUACAGAUAACCGUACGGCUUCUAUCAAUCGUAUUGUACUUACGAAAGUUGCGCGCUAAGACGUAAGAAAUAUUUUAGAUAACCGUUUCCUGCUAAAUGAUUAGCUAUAUCCUCUUGUCUAAAAUCUCUCAUAUCGUACAUGUUGUUGAGGCAGGAAACAAAACUAUUGUAACAUUUGAAGGAAUUCUCUUGAUCCAAGCGUACGUUCUGUUCGAGAGCGAAUACAUAAUUACACGUUAUUCGGCGUCCAGCUUUUUAAUAGAGCUCAUAUAUAUUUGAUAUUUUAUGUUUUAGCCUUACUUUGAUACGCGGUAUGAUGGUAUACAUAACGAUUGCAUAAAUAGUCUUUGCGAGAGAUAUUUUGUCCCGCAUCGGAGUCAUAUUACCAACCUCGUCAACGUCCGUCAGAUAAUCCUUGUCGCAAAAUCUACGAGACGUAUGCAUAUUCCGUCCUAAAUAUGUAUCUUCUUAUCGUCAUUGACGAAACAAAAAGCCGAACAAACGUUAAAACUUUACCGUAUGCUGGAAGCGCAAAGGCAGCAUAAACCGACAAUAGCGUUCGUCGCUGCGUACUCUUCCUCGUAAUCAUGCUCCAGGAUAUCUUUCAUCGAUUUUAUCGACUCGUUGCAAACAUCGAUAAUCAAUCUCUCAUCUUCGUUUUCGCACCCGUCCAAAGUUACGUAUUCGAGUACGACGUUUAAAACGUCGAUAAUCGUAAACCUUAAUACAUAGGAUAAGCAUCUUUGGCUCGUCUCCUUGAUGAACGAAAAAAUUUGAUUGAUAGCGCAUACGUUGUCGACGUCAAUUCCUAAUUUUUUCGCGCUGAAAAUAUAAAAACUAUUCUCGAGAUUUUUACCAAUAACAACUCGUAAAAAGUAAUCGCUGUUACGAAUUGUUAUUAAUAAAGGCAUGCGUUGACAAAUACAUAUUAUUACUUGAAUAAUAUAUCGCGAAUAGCACGAAGGAGCUUUUCCAAAGAAGGACAUAUUUCUACAUCCGUGGACAUUCCAACGUAAUGCGCAAGACGAAGCAAAGAGCUCACAGCUUCCGCGGCGACCUGACUUUCGUAAAACUUUCGAUGUUCGCUCGCUAAUGCCAAACACUCGAGAGCGGGUCUGUAAGGAUGUACGAAUAAACGAAACGACUGAUGAUGUGUCGAUCGUAUCGGUGAUAAUAUAAUGAAAUUAUACGAAUAUAAAGUAUUUUACGUUAUAAGCGGUUCCCGAAAAGUCUUUAAAACGUCACACAGAGUCGAAAUUAUAUCGAAUUUGAUGAGCUUCGUAAAAACGCUACUUCGAAUGGCAUGGACUUGAGAUUUUAGAAGAACCGUCAGUUGUUCCAACGCAGACAUUUGCGAUUUCUCCUUCGGCAACAUUAAAUUCCUUUUUAUUCGUGGCAACAAGUGAUCCAGAUUUUCUGACUUUAAUUGAAAUAAUUCCUCCAUGCCCGAUCCGUGCGCUGUUACAUUACGCGUUAUUAAUUAAUCUGUAUACGUACGAACGUAUAUAGUACCUGUUUAUCGAUCACGUUCGUUCAACACUCCUUGGAAAGAUAAUCACCAUUAGAGGAAUAUUUUUCAAGUAUGUACUUACUUCCAACCUACAAACGGGAGGUACGACGUUACAGUAUUAUUACGUAUAGAUGGUGCUGUUAAAUCUUUACCGACCAAGCACCGAUACCGGUAAUCACUUACGAAGAAGAUACUUGUAAAUCUUUCGAAGAUGCAAACUCGAUCCUAUAAUAAUCGCAAAAAAUCGCAAUAUUAUUACUACCGUUCUAUUUAAGGAUAUUGUUGGGCUUAUCGACGAGCAAUAAUGUUGUUAAUGGAUGAAAAAUAUUUACGAUAAUCUACGUAUCAUUAAUGUUACAAUAAAUACAUAAUAAAGAUA